AUGGGCGGGAUGGCAUUAGGAUCUGUAAAGGGAGUCGAGGGCGAUGCCAAAGAUGAUGUAUCGAUGGCUAAAAGAACAAACAUAGAGGACUCCAAUGAGCGAGCAUUUGAGAGGAAGGAUGAUCUAGUGCCAGGAGGUCCCUUGGUGGCCUUGGGAUUGCGGAUAGGCACGGGGCCAGGCCUUAAUUCAUAUUAUAUAUAUUCUGAUGGGAUGGCUCCGCGGGCAACUGAGGUUAUCCGAACUACCAGACAUGCCGAAAUUACUGAAGAUCUAACGGCUAUACAUGUUAUAUAUAGGUGCACUCACUACACACGCUUUUAUAUGGUUGUUGACGAGGAUGAAGGUAUUGAAACUUUUGAAGAGUAUAAGGAUUUUUUGUUGGUAAUGGUUGAUGUGUAUGACCUGAUCACAGACAUUCCAGUACCAUCGAAAAAUGGAAACAUCAUGUCUAUUAGCGCUAUAAUUGGGAUAGUGAUUGCUGUUCUAUUUACACUCUUACUGGUUCUGAGUAUUCUUUGGUGGAAGGGCUGCUUCAUACCCACAGAUACUCUAGAACAAGAUCUAAAGGGUCUAAGCCAACACACUGGAUUAUUUACCCUAAGGCAAAUUAGAGUUGCCACGAACAAUUUUGAUCCGGCUAAUAAGAUCGGAGAAGGUGGUUUUGGUCCUGUGUACAAGGGUCUUCUGUCACAUGGAACCGCCGUAGCCGUGAAACAGCUUUCUUCCAAAUCAAAGCAAGGGAACCGUGAAUUUGUUAAUGAAAUAGGCAUGAUUUCUGCGCUACAACACCCUCAUCUUGUAAAGUUGUAUGGAUGCUGUAUUGAAGGCAACCAAUUGUUGCUUGUCUAUGAGUACAUGGAGAAUAAUAACCUUGCUCGUGCGUUGUUCAGUCAAGAAAAAUACCAAUUGAAAUUGGAUUGGCCGACUAGGCACAAGAUCUGUAUUGGUAUAGCAAGAGGUUUAGCUUAUCUCCAUGAAGAAUCAAGAUUGAAAAUUGUUCACCGGGACAUCAAAGCUACCAACGCUCAUUCCUUGAAGACUGAAGGGAAAUUAAUGGAAUUGGUCGAUCCAAGAUUGGAAUCGAACUUCAACGAAGAAGAGGUGAUCACGACUACCAAGGUGGCGCUCCAUUGUACCAAUGUUGUAGCAGCCAAAAGACCAAGUAUGUCAGUAGUGGUAAGCAUGCUAGGAGGAAGAGCAUGUGUUGCAGAGUUUGUUUCAGACUCAAGUGUCUUGAUUGACAAAGUUAGCAGCUCGAGUAUUUCAAUGGAUAUGCCUUUGACUUCUUCCUCAAAACCAAUUUCUAAUUUGUAUCCAUUCACUUACUGA